GAAGAGGAGGAAAAAAGAAGAAAGAAACAAGAAGAAGAAGAGGAGGAGGAGUGGGGAGCAGUCCCGGCGACCCCCACCCCCCGGAGCGGGGCACCCCUGCAGCAGGUUUCCUGUGAAGAGCAAGGUGUGUGAACCAGCUGCAGGAUUUGGGGAGGCAAGAGAGGAAACUGGAGAAAGGAGGAUGGAGCUUCAGACUCUACAGGAGGCCCUAAAAGUGGAAAUUCAAAUUCACCAGAAACUGGUUGCUCAAAUGAAGCAAGACCCACAGAAUGCAGACUUGAAGAAACAGCUCCAUGAACUCCAGGCCAAAAUCACCUCCCUGAGUGAGAAGCAGAAACUCGUAGUGGAGCAGCUUCGGAAGAAUCUCAUAGUGAAACAGGAACUCCCAGACAACAGAUUCCUUAUCCAACCUCUGCUACAGCUAGAAAGCAAACCGCCAACACCACAAGUGCAGCCGCAGCCACACCAGAUACAGCUGCAACAAUUCCAACCGCAGCAGCUUUCCCAGACAUCUGCAUCACCUCUUCCAGGCCUGAGUGGCGCACAGAAGACUGUGGCAACAGCCUCUAUGAUCACGGCAAAGACUCUACCUCUCGUGCUGAAGGCCGCAGCAGCGUCCAUGCCCACUUCUGUACUGGGGCAAAGACCAACCAUCGCCAUGGUGACUGCCAUAAACAGCCAGAAAGCAGUCAUCGGUUCUGACAUACAAAGCGCCGCAAUCAACCUGCAGACAUCUAACAAGAUCACCAGUCAGGGAACGGAGACAUUUCAGAUAGUGGCAAAAAAUGCUGUUACUUUGCAGGUCCAGGCAACAACCUCUCAGACUAUCAAAGUUCCCCAGUUCAUCCCACCUCCUCGGCUGACUCCUCGUCCAACAUUUCUUCCACAAGUGCGGCCAAAACCAGCAGCACAAAACAACAUUCCCAUUGCCCCUGCUCCUCCCCCCAUGCUGGCAGCCCCUCAGCUCCUCCAGCGGCCAGUUAUGCUGACGACAAAGCUAACGUCCACCUCCCAGAACUCUAUCCAUCCUGUGCGCAUUGUAAAUGGGCAACCCACAGCCCUUUCCAAAGCCUUCCCCACAGCACAGCUCACCAGUAUCGUGAUCGCUGCACCGGGCACAAGGCUGGCAGCUCCACAGACUCUGCAGCUUCCAAAACCAAACCUGGAGAAGCAGACAAUUAAAACUCAGGUGGAAACCGAGAAACCAACUGAAAGCAGUACAACAAUACCACCUGCCACAAAGCCAAAGCGAGAGGAAAACCCACAGAAACUCGCCUUCAUGGUGUCACUAGGAUUGGUAACGCACGACCACUUAGAAGAAAUUCAAAGUAAAAGGCAAGAAAGGAAAAGAAGAACGACCGCCAACCCGGUGUACAGCGGGGCAGUAUUUGAACCAGAGCGUAAGAAGAGUGCAGUGACGUACCUGAACAGCACAAUGCAUCCGGGAACACGGAAGAGAGGUCGUCCUCCCAAAUACAACUCGGUCCUGGGUUUGAGCGCACUGCCACCCACCUCCCCUCCAUCCAGUCAUCCUGAUUCCCCUGAAAGCGAAAAGACACAGAUCACAUGUAGUUUCCCUGCAAGUGUCCUGCCUGUCUCCCUGCCUAAUCCUUAUUCCACAGACGCUGAUAUCCAUGAGGAUUUUUGCAGCGUCUGCAGAAAGAGCGGACAGUUACUGAUGUGCGACACAUGUUCACAUGUAUACCACCUGGACUGUUUGGAACCUCCUCUGAAUUCCAUUCCAAAGGACAUGUGGAUAUGUCCCAAAUGCCAAGACCAGAUGCUGAAAAAGGAGGAAGCGAUUCCGUGGCCGGGAACCUUAGCCAUUGUCCACUCGUAUAUAGCGUAUAAAGCAGCAAAAGAAGAAGAGAAGCAGAAAUUACUGAAGUGGAGCACAGACCUGAAACAGGAGCGAGAGCAACUAGAGCAGAAAGUAAAGCAGCUAGGCAGCUCCAUAACAAAAUGUAUGGAAAUGAAGAACAGCAUCUUGUCCCGGCAAAAAGACAUGCACAGCUCUCUGGACAAAGUGAAACGUCUUAUCCGGCUAAUUCAGGAUAUUGACCUCACCAAACCUAUUAACUCAGAGGUGACCUCUAACCACAGCCAGGACUGCACUGCUACUGCCAACAGCCCCCUUCCCGACCCCAUGCCAGUCACAGCCUCCUUCCCUUCACCCACCUGUGUCCAGAACUGCAACCAGACAGAAGAGACUAAGUGAUUCCCCCCUUCUCAUCAGCGAGGGUACCAUGGAAAGACGAGCAGCGUCUGAACGUUUCCUGGGAGAGACUGGACCAUAACCAUCCCAGGACAGGGACGUAAGCACUGGAGUUUUGCCAAUCAACCUUUUAUUCUGUGUGUUCCACGUGUGAGCUGACAUGUCCUGCCAGCACCAUGCCAAGUGACAAACAGAAAACAAAUCUAUAACUUUACUCUCUAUCUUACACCAGUGUGUGCCUGCAGCAGCCUCCGCAGCAACCAUAGAUAUCAAUCUUUAUUUUUUCUUUAUUUGCUAUUUUCUUAAGGUGGAUACGUGGAAGUGGCGAGCUCCAGAGGACGCCUCCUUCUGCAGACCUUACGUUACGCUAGGGCAGGGGGGGGGGGGGAGAGGGAGGGGGAUCAUACGUGUACCAGUCCAAAGGCUUGGAAAAUUUCCCUGUCUACUAAACUCAGUGUGAUGUACCAAAAAAACAAAACAAAAAAAAACCAACAAUCUAAAAUUAUAUACUUGACUUUGAAUGCCUGGAAGCAGAGCAAGUGCGGAGCCGGGAGAAGUAAAGUGUGCUGAGUCAGUAUUUAAAGUUCGUCGUGUGAUAUUCCGAAGCUGGGACGGGGGGCACCUGUCGCAGGCGUAUACGCAGAUGGGGGUGCCCUUUCCUGGCUGGCGGUGUACAAAUAGGUAGACAAAUGUUUGGUGUCUUUUUUUUUUUUUUUUUUUCUGUCAAACUAUGUGCCAGCAUCUUAUUAAGAAAUGGGAAUUGGUAAUUUUACCAACAUAAUUAAAUAAUGGCUUAAAAAAAAAAUGGGAAAAAAAAAUUGAAAGGAGAAAAAAAAAAAGUAUUAGUAAAGCCGAUUAGACUGUCCUGGGUCUCCAAGGAAACACAAGGUGUGUUUCUUUGUCGUCUUCUGGCUGCAGAGCCCUGAUGUUUCGCAGGAGUCGGGCGCGUUCCAGAUCACCACUGUUGCGGUGGGCAGACGAUUAUCUGGGACUGUUUUUAAAACGCAGGGAGUUGCUUGAACGUCUGUGAAUAUUUAAGGGUGUGUUUUGUUUUGUUUUUCUCCCGUUUUAGUGAAUCAAGGAGGCCCAAGUACAAAAUAUUACAUACAAGUCUUCCUAGUGUUGCUAGAAUGGUAAGAUAAUACAGACAUUCAUGUGCACUUUUCAUUGGAUUUCGAUAUACAAGGUUUUUUAUGCAUUCUGUUCCUUGUGGCCACUGGUGAUUGGCACAGACCUUUUAGGCCACUGAUUGGGUUGCCUGAUUGGCCAGUAUUAAUAGACUGGUCUGAUAAAUAUAAUAUACAAUAUAUUUUCACAUCUUGCAAGGCAUUAAUCUCUCCAAUAGUGAGACAUUACUUUGAGAAGGAUGCCCUGCUGCCCAGCCACAAAGUACACUUCAGUUGGAAAGUGCUACUGGUUCCCAUUCAGUGUUAAUGUCUCACCGUGGAAGGGUUUAAUAUGUUCGGAAUACUGAGCUUUUCCGAUUUUUGGAUUGUUUCUGCUUUCUAAAAUGUCCAUGUGCCACGGCCUUUGUGGUCGCUAAGAACUGACAGGAGAACCACUGGAUAGCCAGGGGCUUGCAUCUCCCAUACAAUGCUUAUACUUUUAGUCCGUCGUCAUGAAUUGGUACUCGGGUGUGAGGGUUGUUUUUCACAUGAUCGUGGGGAACCCAUUAUAGCAAAUCUAUACACAUUAGAACAAAGUCUCUGUCGCCAACAGACCUGAAAAUCUCGCCUUCCAGGAUGCAGCGUGUUGCUCCCAAUCCAUUGUAAUCGCUUUGUUUACAUAUUACUGUAUUUUGAAUUUUUUAUGAAUUUGGCUUAAAAAAAAAACCGAUACCAUGUUUAGUCUGUGGAACACAGAUUAUUAUAAUAUUUUUUAUUUUAUUUCCUGUUCUAUUUAACAUUGUAAUCCCUAACAACAGGGGUUGGGAGUCUGAUCACUACAGUACCCAGCAUAGCUGUAAAUUCUGCCCGCUGCUUACAAGCGUCAUUAGCACAACAGUCCCGAGUAUGGUGCAUAUUGAAUGCACAAGUCCCACCGGAAUAAAUUGAUGAGAUUCCUGUAAUAAUUUGGCUCCUCAGGGGGGGUUAACAGAUAGCCCGUGAUCAGGUCCAACUUUAUACAUAUAGUACGCUUGCACCAAAUCUAGGAUUCCUUUUUUUUUUGCUAGGUUUCUUAGGAUCCUCAGAUUUGGUGCAUCCAUGCUUGUAUCUAGGUUGGAUCCUCAGAUGAUUUGGUGCAUCCAUGCUUGUAGCUAGGUUGGAUCCUCAGAUGAUUUGGUGCAUCCAUGCUUGUAGCUAGGUUGGAUCCUCAGAUGAUUUGGUGCAUCCAUGCUUGUAGCUAGGUUGGAUCCUCAGAUGAUUUGGUGCAUCCAUGCUUGUAGCUAGGUUGGAUCCUCAGAUGAUUUGGUGCAUCCAUGCUUGUAGCUAGGUUGGAUCCUCAGAUGAUUUGGUUCAUCCAUGCUUGUAGCUAGGUUGGAUCCUCAGAUGAUUUGGUGCAUCCAUGCUUGUAGCUAGGUUGGAUCCUCAGAUGAUUUGGUUCAUCCAUGCUUGUAGCUAGGUUGGAUCCUCAGAUGAUUUGGUGCAUCCAUGCUUGUAGCCAGGUUGGAUCCUCAGAUGAUUUGGUGCAUCCAUGCUUGUAGCUAGGUUGGAUCCUCAGAUGAUUUGGUGCAUCCAUGCUUGUAGCUAGGUUGGAUCCUCAGAUGAUUUGGUGCAUCCAUGCUUGUAGCUAGGUUUUGGCCAAAGGAAGUAGAUAAUUGCAGAUACAUUUAGUUACAUGUGCAUUUCCAUCUUCUUUCUCUCACACUCUCUUGGGCAAAAUACCCACGGAAAAGCCCUGUGAGGCAGAACAUUUCUACGAGAGCUCCCUCCACAGGAAUGGAUGCAGUGAGCACGGUCAAAAGUGCCUUAUUGCAUUACCCUAUCAUUGCAAACUGCAAGCUUCAUAAAGAUCCCCUCCUGCUUAACAUGGAUGUUUGGCUUCCUAUCCCUUUAGCAUAUAAGUCACAGCAGCCGCCCGUAUAAGUUAAGCAGUUGCUGAAUAUAUUGCUUAGUAUUUCUCGGAUUGUGGACACCACUGGAUAGAUCUGAUGUAACGUCUAAGGGUAUUUCGUUUUUUUUUUUUAUGUGAAAUUGGGUCUUCCGACAUGUUCUUUCCCUCCCCCGUCUGAUGAACAGUUUGCAAUGCAUGCUCCCUCGGUACUAAAAUAUAUAAUCUUGUUAUAUUGAGAAAGUAUUGCCAGUGGUCAGUUUGUGGCUGCCACUCUUCUUCUUACGGUGGCUCCAUCAAACACACACACAUCGUGAAGGUAGCCAUUGCUUGAGCUUAUCCAAUGUUCAUCCACUAGGAACUAGCGGCAUCACUAUGUAAGUUCUUAGGCUGCUUUCUCUACUGCGCAUAGCCGACGGGUACUUCAUUUAGUGAUAAAGCUAUCGGAAACAUUAAGUUCUCAUUCACGACAACAGCACCCUUUAAGAAUGAGCCUCUUUAAAAAGCUUUCGGUGGACAAGAGGCCCAGAGCCAUGGCUCCGCAGAAGCUUCGCCCUCUUACGGCUUUAACAUGUUUUGUUAAUCGGGUAUCUCCGCUGCGAACUCUGUAAGACUCUGGUAUGGACGGGAAAAAAAAUGCUUUAUAGAACCUGUGAGCUUGUGGCCAAGAGAAGCUUACAGCGCAGGUCAAUCCUUUCUUAAUACAGUGUUAGUGGGGCAGUUCUCCCCUGCUCUAACCAAUAUCCCUUUCCAAUGAAAUGCAGGGGCUCUUAAUGGAUCAUAUAGGAAGUCAAAUGUUUCCUAGUCAACCAAUGUGAAGAGUUAGCGGUGUUUGUUAAUGCUGUAGAACCAAGCAUCUGCCCAAGCGUGUAUCUGUCCUUCUGACUCCAUAUAUGAGCAGUGUCACUAACCUCAGUAUCCCAAUCCUGCGUUCCGCUACAGAUUUUCGUGACCUUGUUUACAUUGCGGUAGCCCCUUUGUUCUCAGCCUAGGAGCAAUAGUUAAAAAAUAAUAAAAUACAGAAGACUUCCAGCUAGUGUCUGGUAUACAUAUACUCUCACACUCUGCUCUGUGAGGGAAAACUCACAUCUCUUGUGCUGCAUUUUAGGGUUAAAAAUAAUCCGUCAAAUGUCAAUAUCAUAACGAAGAAAAUAUUGUAACAUACCUUUUUUUCUAAAGAAAAAAAAUUGUAUAAUUAUGUUUUCGUAUGGAAUUGAGAGGCGUACCUUAUCUAUUGUACUGGGAACUUUUUUUCUUUUUUUUUUCUUUUUCUUUUUUUUUUUAAAUAUACAUUAUAUUUUUUUUUUCCAAGCCCAAUGGUAGUGAAUUGCAAAUCCUCUGCCUUCUCUCUGUAAAAUUGGAAGUCUGUGUUUUCAGUUUUGGUAAAACUGUGCUUAGAAUUUAGGGAACUGAUAGGGCUGGGUGGGAGGGGGGUGAACACAGAGCGUCUGAUCAAUUUGUAUCUAUUUAUUUUAACAUUUUUAUUAAAUAAAACUGAAUGAAAACUG